AUGUUCUUUGUGUUCUCUGUUCUCUGUUUCUGAAACGCACGGUUUUCUUAGUGCGCAUGCUUCGUGCACCAUGUAUUUUAUCUAUUACCAGUGGGAACCCUUUGAAUUAACGGGAUGAUGAAAAUCAAAUAGCAGGAGACGUGGAUUGAGCAGUGGUAAAAGAACACAAUACGAAGUACAGUAUAGUAAAGAAACGAUCAACCGUUUAUCGCCGAAACAGCCGCCCGUUGCUUGCCGCCCAAAACGUCGUCGCAGAGUCGGUCCAACUUGGCUUCAAACACUCGUACGAUGAUAUCCGGACGGUUGCGUGCUUCGUCGUUCGGCCCCAGUGCAGCCUUGAGAUCCGGCCGUUCGGGGUUGGACGUCACCGUGAUGAACAUCGAAGGUUUCCAUAUCUGACGACGCACGCUACCGCAUCUUGGUAA